AUGCAAUAUCACCUUUCCAUAAUAUCAGCAGUUGCAUAUAUCAAAAAAUUAGGAUUAAUUGCACUUGCCGGAGAAAACAUUAAAAUUAUAAAUCUAUAAAAGGAUAAAGAAUAAUAGGAAAUUAAAACAGAAAAAUACAUCAAAAUUUUUCAAUUGCUAUUCAAUGAGCAAGAUUCCAACUUAUACUAAUUCAAUCUAAAUAAAACCAUCAUCAAAUAUAGAUUGAAAGGUAGGAUAUUUGUAUUGGAUAAGCAAUUUCAAUUGGAUUAUGAAUUCUUUCCUACACUUGCUACGGUAACUCAUGAUAAUCAAACUAUCAUUAUUGGAGGAAUGCAUUCAAAUAUACUUGUAUUUUAUAAUAUGGUUAAUGACUGUUGCUUUAAAUUAGAGCUACCUAAUCCUGAAAUUUAGAAUUAUUGCUUAUUAAAAAAUCCAGAAAAUAGGUUAAUUUUAUCUUAAAAUUGCUUGAUUAAUAUUGAGAAUAAAAAAGUUAUCAAAUCAGUCAAUACUUUAUCUUCAGAAGUAAAAAGCUGGUCUUAAUCUGGUCUAUUUUAUUCUAGGGAAUAGGAAUAUAAAAUAUAUAUUACUUCUGCCAUUAAACAUAAAAUUUUGAGAAAAUUUUCUGUUGAUAGAUAUCAUGUUUCUAUUCGCUAAAUAUUUUCAGAAACAGGGAAAUAUUACUGCUUAUAAAAAAAAUAUGAAGUUGUAGAACUCUAUGAUAUAUCAACAGGGAUUGCUCAUUAAAUUAAUUAAAAGUAUUUAAUGAAUUGUAAUGAUUUAUAAUUUAAUGAAAAUGACAAAGUUUUUUUAAUUGUAGCCAACAAUAAAUCAUUUUAUUUAUGGAAUUUGGAUUAAAUUUUAAAAGAAGCAACUUAAUCUUGA